UUACAUUCAUUCAAACGUUCUAAUGACUAUGACGUAAUACAUUUUUGGGUGGAUGACGGACGCGCUGGAUUUUCCGCCAUUUUGUUCCCGUUUGAACCGAUUUGAAAGAAGCCAGAUAAAAUUACAUGCAUCCAUAUUUGUGUGUUAUAAAAGUAAGAAAGAUUUUUAGUUAAUGGCUGUACAGAAAUAACGUCAAGAGGUCAACAUGCCUACCACCCCUAGAAGAGCCUCAGCAGCAAAUAAAAAAGUAGAAGACUCCGAUGGAGAUUUAAAGGACCAUCAGAAAAAGGAUACAAAUAAAAAAGACGCAACGGCUGAAGAAGUAACUGAUGGAAAUUCAAGAGGGCGUGGACGACCAAAAAAAGACUUGUCAACUCCUAAAAAAGAUGCAAUAGAUGAGGAAGAGGAAACCAGUACUGAUUCUACAAGGAAGAGCCAAGGGAGGACAAAGAAAGAAGCACCAGUACCAGAGGCUACAGAAACACCUGAAAGGAGAGGGCGAUCAAGAAAAGACACACCUGGGACCCCUACUGUUAAAGAUAACGAAGAGUCAAAGAAAGGAAGAGGUAGACCAAAGAAAAAUGAAGAAAAAGAUGGAAAGGAUGAAAUUGGCUCUCCUAGUGAUGAAAAAAGAGGACGGGGUAGACCUAAAAAAGAUUUAAAUGACACAGAUACAACCGAGUGUGAUCUGAACAGUGGGAGCGAUAAAGAGAGAAUUGAGGUUACAUUACCAGGGCGUGGGACAGUCAUAAUCAAGUCUGAGCCAGAUGAUACUUUUCACAUGUCAACACGAAGGAAGACUGGCUUUAGUUGUGAAUGUGGCCAAUCUUUUUCCGUAGAAUAUCUUCUCGAGGACCAUCAGCGAAGAUGUAAGAAGGCAGAGACCAGUACUCCAAACGUCGUAAAAACUAUUAAGAAAGAGCCAGGAUUGGCCACUUCUACACCUAAGGGCAGAACAAACAGAGAAAAGGCUAAAGAUACUCCAAGGGAAAAGAUAAAGGAUACUCCAAAAGAAAAACCUAAAGUGACAUCAAAAGAUAAGUCUAAAGAGACACCCAAAGAAAAGCCUAGAGAGACACCUAGAAGAAAACCAGAGUUGAAAGCAAAUUUAAAUCCAAAAAGUGUAAAUGACAAAGCUGAAACAGAAUCUAGCAAGGACCAUAAACAAUCUGAGUCUUCUGAAUCAGAAAAAGAUUCUGCUGACACUGUUGAAAGCUCUGUAAAGGAAACUAAUGAUGACGAGAAUCAAAAUAAAGCUGAGGAAAAAGAGGAAGAAACUCCAAUGGAAACCAUACUAGUCAGACCUCCUGGGGUUUCUAAGGAAAUGUCUACACCUGUUUCUCGUAGUAAGGCAACUGAGGUUAAGAAGAUUCUUGUUGUGACGCCUGAAGGACUGAAAAGACAAAGUGUUCCCCAACCUGCUGUUUUAAAAGUAGAAAAGAAGCCUGUUACUCCUUCUACUAGAGUCAUGGUCAUGCCAAAGACGAAAUCAGCAGAAAAGAAAGUUGUUGUCCUCAUGGGAACAAAAGAAACUGAGGUGAGCAUUGAUGCCAUUGAUGAUGAUAAAGAGGAGGUAGAAUUAGAGGCUGUAACAUAUCAAGCAGUGGCAAUACAGAGUGAACAAGAAGCUGUCAAAGAAAUAGAAGAACAAUCUUCAAAUGUUGAAACUACCGGAGAAGAAGCAGAAGAACUACAAGCGGGAGAAACAGAGAUUGUAAAUGAUGUGCAGACGGCACAACAAGAAGUACAAAUAGUUGAGGUAGAUGCUGUAACAGGACAGGUUAUAGUGGUACAGGAGGGUCAACAGAAAGUGGAGACCAAUGAAAAUGCUGAACAGGUACAGGUAGUAGAAUUAGAGGCAAGUGCAGAAAAGAUGGCACUGCUACAGGAGAGUUUAGGACUAAUGGACAUACCGCAAGAGCCAGUUGAACAUGCUGUUGAGGAAGGUAGCUCUGAAGUAAAUACUCCUGAUGAAAAAAUGGAUGUUGAUCCAAGUGAAGAAGGGGCGAAGACAGAAGAUCAUGACGAGAGAGAGGAAGGGGAGGUGAAAGAAGGAGAUGAUGACGAUGAAGAAAAUGAGGAGGAUGAGGAAAUUUUAGAUGAUGGAGCUUUGGAUGGUAAACGUAAGAUUACUGACGAUGAAACAUGGACACCUCUGGCAAAGAGGAUCAGAAGAUCACUAGCUACACCAGUAACUGGAACGAAAACCAAGAGUUCGUACCGACACAAAAAGCAACCGAAGAAUGCUCUAUCCCUGUUAUCUGAGGCUGCUAAGAAAACAAUGGAGAAGGCAAAGGAGGAGAACGUUGAAUUGGAUCCAGUUCAGUUGAAGAUUUUUGAAAGUCUUGUUUCAGUUGCUGUAAAAGAUGAAGACAUUGAUGAGGACGAUGAAGAUGACGUGAUGGAGGUACGAGUGAUUAAACAAGAAGAAUCGGCUGAAGGUAUUGAACUCGAUGAAGAUGGUGAGGUUGCAGCUGUUAUUUACAACGAUGAUGAGGAAGCGCUGGUAGAUAUUUCAGUUAUCGAGUCCAUGGUCGAUUUAGAAUCGGCUGAAUGUGGCAUCUGCUUCAUGAAAUUCAAAAAUUCUAAAUACAUGAGGAACCACCUCGUCACCCACACAGGAAAUAAAAAAUUCACUUGUGAAGUUUGCUCCAAAAGGUUCAUGAGAAAAUACGACUUGCAACAGCACAUGAUGAGAGUCCAUUCUUUCAUCAAGGCUGCUCGUGGGAAAAUUAUUUCUUCAGAAGAAGACCUUCUUGCCAGUAAUAGUGAAGCAGACUUGAAGACCUGUCAGUUUUGUCAAACUCAUUUCACUACUCAAUUCAUGCUGGAUGCUCAUUUGGAAGAGAAACAUUCGGAAGAACGGCCGUUCGAAUGCCCUGUUUGCCAGUCUAAGUUCCCAACACAGAAGAAGCUUGUCCGUCACAAGGACUCUGUCCAUUCUGAACGACAACACCAAUGUGAGCAUUGUGAGAAAUCGUUCAGGUUUCUAUAUGCAUUGAAAGAACAUGAGAAGACCCAUAACGAGGCUAAGCCAUUCUUGUGUGAUGACUGCGGAAAAGGCUUUGCUCUGGCAAAAUACCUACAGAAACAUAAACAGCGCCACACUGCUCCGGAAGUCAUGGACAAGGUUUAUAAUUGUAGAUAUUGUGAUAAAACGUUCGACAAUCUGCAUGAAUACCAACAGCAUAUAAGAACCCAUACAGAAGCUGAGGACAGAAUAUUCCAGUGUGACCAGUGUCCAAAACGCUUUUUCAAACAGGCACAUUUGAAAAGACACAUUAUGACUCAUUCAACUGUUCGUUGUUAUGAGUGCACGUACUGUGCCAAGGCGUACAAGGAUCCAGAUACACUACGGAAACACAUCAGGUUUAUCCACAAGUCUGCUGAGGAGGACGGCAACAGGAAGGAGUAUCCGUGUCCAUUCUGUGACAAGGUCUUCUAUAGCAAUGGUCAUCGGAAGAGACAUUUGAUCAAACAUACAGGUGAAAGACCAUUCAAGUGUGAAGAAUGUGGUAAAGGUUUUACAGAGAAAAGGAGUCUUCAGAAUCAUCAGAGAAUACAUAGUGGUGAGAGACCUUACUCUUGCAAGAUAUGUGGCAAGUCAUUUAUCCAGCUCUCACAUUUAAAUCGCCAUACCUUCCUUCAUACUCAGAUACGUAACUUUGAGUGUGAGGAGUGUGGUAAGAAAUUCUUUGAGAAUGCUGACCUCCAAAAACAUCAGCGAAUCCACUCAAAGGACAAGCCAUAUAAAUGUGAAUUCUGUGGUAUUGGGUUCUCUCAGCCAAACAUAUUAAAAUGCCACAGGAGGCGGCACACAGGUGAGAAACCGUAUGUCUGUGACAUUUGUAAUCGUGCAUUUAUCCAGAUGGGGGCGCUGCAGACACAUCGGAGAUUACAUACUGGAGAACGGCCCUUUAAAUGCAGUUAUUGUGGACAGGGAUUUGUGUCGAAAGAGAGGAUGAAAUUCCACACCUACAUUCAUACGGGUAUCACACCCCAUAUUUGUCAUAUUUGUGGUAAAGGUUUCAGGUUAAAGUUCAAACUUCAAAGUCAUCUUGAUUCACACGAGGGCGUCUAUAGGUACCAGUGUAAAAUCUGCAAUAAAGGAUUCUUAGAGAAGACGAAGCUCAAUCGUCAUAUUAAACAAAUUCAUGACGAUCCGUCUAAUCCAGAUACAGAUAGCUAUAUUGAGAAUAACAUUCGAAUUAUACAACGGCCAGACCCAGCAACUCCAAAGUUUCAGAUCGUUGAAUUGCAUCCAGAUGACGAAGCAACUACGACUCAUGUCAUUGUUGAAGACGAUACACUCCGUAAUUUCAGUGAAAUUGCUGUCAACAGUAUGUCGCAGCCUGCAGCCAACGAGGAGGUCAUAGAGACAACACAGGCGGUCCCAGGGUCGUACGAGAUACAGACUUCAGAUGGAGACUCUACUAAUGCUGUACAGCAUAUCCAGUUUGAUUCAGAGUCUGGAGAAAUCACUGCCACAGGGGGGACAACUCUAUUUGAUGGUACUACGACUAUUAACUUGCCAGAAGGAAUCAUUUAUGAAGGAAUGGAGAAUGGGGAGGAAGUGGUAUAUGUGGUGAUACCAGAAGAUAAUCAAACUGUUAUCCUUUCAUAGAACUGGUAUUAUUAUGAAGGAAGUGGUGUGUAUGGUGAUACCAGUAGAUGUUCAGACUGUUAUCAUGGUUAUCCUUUCAUAGGAAGUGGUGUUUGUGGUGAUACCAGUAGAUGUUCAGACUGUUAUCAUGGUUAUCCUUUCAUAGGAAGUGGUGUUUAUGGUGAUACCAGUAGAUGUUCAGACUGUUAUCAUGGUUAUCCUUUCAUAGGAAGUGGUGUUUGUGGUGAUACCAGUAGAUGUUCAGACUGUUAUCAUGGUUAUCCUUUCAUAGGAAGUGGUGUUUGUGGUGAUAAAAUUAGACUGUUGUUCUGUCAUAAAACUGAUAUGAAGGAAAAAAUCAUUUUUCUAAAUAAUGUAUUAAAUUAGGAUGAACGAUUUGGGAAAUCUGCAUUUAAAUACUCAAACAUUUAUGUUUUAAAACUGAAAUAAAUCUAUUAUAAAAGUGCAAGGCCAAAAUCAAAACUACCAGUGUUUAGUUUUAAAAAUACAACCCUAUGUUCAACUUUGAUUGGUGUAUUGUAGAGCAUAAUGCAUUUAAUAAUUGUGAUAUAUAUGUAAAAGUAAUAAGGUGUUUAAUUAGAGAGUUGUCACUGUUUGUCAGGAGUGAUCACUUGUUAUAAACUGAUUCACUCAACACUAGCUAUACAGCAGAAAAGUUUUGUUUUGGGCUAUGCCAUUUAAAUUUUAUGAUAGGGUAGAAGGGAAGUUUAAUUUUUGAAUCUGGGUCAUGGGUCUUUUUUCAGUAUGCCUCUAUUACCAUUAUGCAAAAUUAUCUAAAAAAUGGUUCUUGGUUGUAGGGAUAUAUUCUAAAGUCCUUUCCUACCAUCCCCCAUAUAUUUUAAUGGAAUAACCCUUUCAGAAUCCUCUUGUUUGUACAUGUAUAUAUCAUGUAAAUACAUGUAGCUAUACUGAAAUGGAAUUAUUAUGUAUAACAUUAAACAUGUAUAAAUGUUUUUGAAAAUUGUAUUUGUGUUCAUUUUAGCAUUUGAAAUGAUUAUGAAUUUAGGGCAACUUUAAUUACUUAGAUAAAAAAUUACAUUUAUUAACAAGCAUUUAAAACACACUGGUCUUCAAUUUUGCAGUAAAAUUUAAUGAAUUCUGAUGUAAGAAAUGAUUAAUCAUGUUGAAGGUGAAUAAAAUUGAGAAAGGAAUGUCUAUUUUUAGAAAUGAUUGACAGCAUAUUUUUAGAUUGAGGAUAAAAUCAAAAAGGUUUUUAUGUUAUAUAAUUUUAUUAUCAUGGUUAUUUUCCGCUACAAGUUGAUAAGUCCCUCAAGUAAAAAAAAACAACAUGUUUCCUCGAUCUGACAGGAUAUUUGUGGCAGCUCAAAUUCAUCUGAAAUCAUGUAAUUAAAGAUAAAUUUAAUCGCAAAUUAAUUUUUAUGAAAAUUUUACUGAUUCAAAAUAUAAUGAAAUGAAAGAUCCUCAUUCAGAUCCAUGGGUUAAGUUUUAAAAGGUGUUGUCUAAAUAAAAGGAGACUUUUCAUUGGUUGAUAGGUUUAUCAUGUUUAUAUGAUUUACGUUUAAGUAAGUUAUACAACAUUGUACAAUGAAAGCUGUUUUUUCUUUGUUAAGUUAUUGGUUUGUAUUUAAAAUGAUUGUGUAUAUUGUGCAUAUGUCAUGUUUAAUGAGAUAUUUAUGCAUGCUAUUUGCAAGAUGAUUUUUAUGACAAAAAAUUAUUUGAAAAUCAAAUUUCUUUCUUUAUAUUAAGGUGGUACCUAACACUACAGGGAGACAACUCUGUAAAGUCAGCUAAAAGUUUUAAUUACGUUGUGUUUUAAAAUGAAUAUUAAGGUUCUCGGUGAUCAAAAUUGGUGUUUGUCAAACUGCUAUAUAACCAGUGUAGUUUUUCUGAUAAAAUGAUUGGUUUUAAAUUAUUGAAAUUUUUAUAUUUUUGUUAAAGGGUCAAAGUCAAAAUUUUAUGAAAAUGAAACGAGCCUAAUUAAUUUUAGUGAAAGUGUUGGGCACCACCUUAAUGGUCAAGGAUAUUUCCAUAAUUGUUUUAACAAUGCUUUCUUUUUCUAUUGAAAGAGGAUAUAUUCCUGUGUUUAAAAUUUAAUCAAAUUGCAUGCAGAAAGUUGUGUAUAUAAUAUAUCAUGUAUAUUUACUUGUGUCAUGUGCAAAUAUUCAAACUUGAAUAAUGUUUUUAUUUUGAAUAACAUGGUUACAUGAACUGCAAUAUUGUUUGGAAUGUGUGAAUUUCGCUUCUGUGUAACAAAUUAUAAAAGUGCAUUUUAAUAUUUUUUUAACAAUUUUUACUUGUUGGGAAUAUGAAAAUAUGUUUUUCCAUAACAAUUUGAAAGGGUUUUAUUUUUUCUUCAGAAUUUAGUUUAAUUGUUUGCAAACUUAAAUUGAGACUUGUUUAAAAGUACACUGAAAAAUUCUAUAUAACUUUGAAUAGUUUUAUCUGGGUUUUUUUCCCCUUCAUUUUCCAAAUAAAAUAUUAAUAUAAUGUUUGUUACUUUGAUUUUGAAGCAAUCAUCAUGGUUCAGUAUUUACAUUAUUUUAUAUUUCAAAAACAAAAAAAAUUAUAAACGAUUUUAUAAGAUUUUCAAAGUGGACGUUUUUAAAUAAAUUUUUGGUAAGAACAGUAGUGGUAAGGGAACAAAAGGUUUGAGGGAUAGAACCAGAGGAAUCAGGAGUUCUGACAAAAAUUCUAAAACAGUAGAAGUGAACAUACUUAAUUUAUUUGUUGUUGAAAAAAUGAUAAUAGACUCCCGUUGUUUCAUUGUUUCAAAUAUGUACACAGAAAUAUCAGUGUAAAGUAACUUUUGAAAUUU